AUGAACAAUCACACCACUUCCCUCAUCAACAAGCGCAUCCUUGAACGAGUUAUCAACUUGUUCACAAUGCCCGGUCUGCCUGGAGCAGGCGUGUUCUGCCGAGACGGUCCACCUUCUCUCCUCCACUUCUACAAUCGCGACGUGUUCGCCGAUGACGAUGCCGCCGCGUCCCUUCCCUCGCCACCACCCGAAUCGGCGUCCGAACCUAGUCCAACCCCGCGGCGGCGUAAUCGCGUUGCUCUCUCCCUCUACGACUUGGACGGGACCCUUAUCCGGCCCAAGAGCGGGUACAAGUUUCCUCGUAGUGCCGACGACUGGAUGUGGUGGCACCGCGACGUACCCAAACGCCUUCGAGCUGACGUCGCCGCUGGAAGACACGUCAUCGUCCUCAGCAACCAGAACUUGAAUGGGCGUGUACUUAGAGACUGGAAGGAGAAGAUCCGCAUGAUUGCGCACGAGAUUGACGACGUGCCCAUCCGCGUCUUUGCAGCUCUCGACCGUGACAAGUACCGCAAGCCCAACAUUGGCAUGCUCGAGUAUGUUCUCCGCAUGUAUGCCGAGCGUGGAUGGGACGUCGAUCUUAGAAAGACGUUCUUUGUCGGUGAUGCCGCUGGCCGUGCUGGCGACCACUGCUCUGACGACCGCAACAUGGCCCAUAACGCCAACCUCACCUUCCGUACCCCCGAGUUCCAUUUUAAUCAGCCAUUCCCUCUACCCAAGGCCCCUGACGAGGUCGCUGCGGUCGGGUAG